AUGAAAGAUCAAAAAACAAAGUUGGCUGAGAACGAAACACUGAUUGCGCAACCAAUAGAUCAUUCUGAACCAAUUGCAAAGGAAUAUGCGGAUGCUGCCAAUGUCCUCACAUCGCCAAUUGCGAACAAAUCCUUCAGUGAACCUCAGCUGAGCUGGAUACCAAUCCUUGACUCAUUGCAGAUAGUGCCACAUCCGGUCAAGAAACAUUUCUGUAGCGCUCCACUAUCACCUUAUGGACCAACGAUUCGCAGAUUACCUCCCCACAGUGUGUGUUUGUUGUCCAUUUGCUUAUCAUUAUUUAGGCGAAGGCGAUUGACUCCACUGAGUCUGUAUCGCUUCUGGUUUAUCGCAAUAUGA